GUAUAGUAGUGCUGUAUUAUAGUAGUGUUGUUAUAGUAGUGUUGUAUUUAAGAAGCAUGAUGUUGUGGAGAGGGCGAGGUAGCCAGCUCGACUGGCUUUCUGGCUGAGUAUAUUUCUGAUCAAUUCACACAACGGACACUUUUUUUAUCAAGUUUGGGAAAUAUUUUACUGCUGUGUCCCAUUUUAAUAUCCUCACAAACAGAGACAAGAAGAGAAAAGAGAGACUCAGGCUACUGGAUCUAACGUGAGAGAAAAGACGGUGAUAAUACAUAGAAGAGAGAAGAAACUCACACACCCACAAGAGAGACAGAGAGAGAGAGACUGAAAAAAAUUCUUAUAAUAUUAGUGUUUUCACCAGUGGCCUGAACUUAAAAAGGCCUUGUAAAUAUAUAUAUAAAUAUAUUAUAUUAUAUAUUGUUAUAUAUGUUAUGUGGCUAGCCAAGGUUAAGUGAAUUAACCAGUUAGUUAACCAUGGAUCUUAUACAGCCUGCUUACUCAGUAAUAGCAGCAAAAAUAGUUGCGGCAACAGUACUGCCAUUCUCAAUACAGCUAGAUCAUUUCCGACACCCUUCUCUCAUUCUGUGAACGAUCACCUACCAGCUUCCUUCAUUGUUAUGUGUGUAUAUACAUAUAUAUGAUAUAUAUAUAAUAUAUAUUAUAUAUGUACAUAUAUAUAUUGUAUAUAUAUACUGUAUAUAUCUAGACGCACGUAUAUCUCUAUAUAUUUAUAUAUUAUAUAUGUAUAUCUAUUAUACACACAUACACAUGACAGUCAGAAGUAUUUUUCACACAAUCAAGGAUUAUUUACUAUACUUUUUUACUCACGCCAACCAAAGGAUUACCGAACAAACGGGGAAGAAUCCGACACUACUCCUAAUCCGGAUGUAUACGACGAAUAUAUAUUUACUCACUUGAUAUAGAAUAGAUAUAUAGAUAUAUAUAUAUAUAUAAAUAUAUAUAUGUGUGUGUGUACAUAUAUACAUGUUAGAGUGUAUAUGUAUAUCUAGAGGUAUGUGUGAAUGUGUGUGAUUGGGGUGUGUUGCAAAAGGAAAGUAUUCUAUCAGCCUUGUAUUGUGCGUGCGUGUGGUGUGAGUGUGUGAGUGAGUGAGUGUGUGCAUGUGAGUGUGUGCGUGUGAGUGUGUAUGUAUGCAUGUACGUGUAUAUACACACACACACACGUGCAAAAGAAAUACUAUACAUAGAUAUAUAUAUGUGUAUAUAUAUAUGUCUGUAUGUUUGUUACAUACAUUUGUGUGAGUGUGUGUGAAUGUGUGAAGAGCAGUUUGCUGGGUGCGGUUUGCCCAGUGCUGUAGUAAAUAAAUAAGUCUAUAAAAAAUAAGAUUAAAAAAGAAAAAAAAGAAAAAAGGAAUUUCAAAAGUCCUAAAGUGACUGCCCAGCCAGACAUCGUUCAGGUAGAGAGUUUGUGCUGUAAAGGCCCUGGGCUAAAAUGAAUAGCAAUAUCGAGCACCAAGCAACUGUAGAUAAAGGGCUAAAGAUGAAGAUAAAGAGGAAAAACGUGAGUGGAGCAAAUAACAAGGCUGAACCGAAACAUGAAAUUGUAAAACCAGAUUCUGGAAAGUGUGUAGCAUCGACCCCUGGCGGCGGAGGUGGUGGCAGUGGCAGUAGUGGUGGUGGAGGUGGCGGCGGAGGCGGCGUGACUUCGUCUGGCGGAGGCGGUGGUACGACGGGAGGGUCGUCCUCCGUGGGUCCCGCCUCGUCGGUUAGUGACGCAGGCGUGCCGGGCGGCUCCGGAGGGGGCGGCGGCGGUGGUGGCGGCAAUGCUGUUGCCGCUACUACUAGCGGGGCAGCGUCGGGGCCGGCUUGUAGUGCCUCUUGUAGCAGCGUGGUGGUGGCCAGUGGCGGCGGCACCAAUGGUGUUCUGCUGCUCGCCGACAAGAUGAAACCGUCUCCUGGUGGUGACAGCAACAACAGCAACAGCAACAACAAUAACAAUAACAGUAGUAAACAGGAGAAGUCACCCAAAAUGAAAGGGUCCCACAAGAAGGAGAAGAUGAAAGACAAGACCAAGUCCAGUGCUUCAGGCACAUCAUCUACAUCAUCAUCAUCAUCAUCGUCAUCAUCGACAUCAUCAUCAUCAUCGUCAUCAACUAGUUCUAGUUCGGCUACAACUAAUUCCACAUCUACAGCAUCAUCAUCAUCAUUGUCGUCAGCAUCAUCCAUUUCUUGUCCACCGCCACCACCACCACCACCACCACCUUCAUCAUCGUCGUUGUCGUCGUCAUCUUCUUCGUCAACACCUUGUUCGUCGUCAUCAUCUACUUCCUGUCCUGCUCCGUCUUCCGGUGCUGACUGUUGCGUUUCCAAUGGAAACAAUAACCCGUCGUCAUCAGCUGCUGUUAUCAGCAAUGGGUUGGAUACAUCUACCAUUUAUAAUCCAGUGUUGGAACCACGAGGGGGAGAUGUGCCCCAUCUUAAAAAGGAAAAUCCUACACCAGAUCCGUAUGAAUUUAAUGCCAAAGUUGAGGAUGGAUUUGGACUACCUAUGAAGAAGAUAAAAGUCGAAAAGGUUGAAGCAGCAUGUUCACCAAUGCAACCAGAGUUACAUGAUAUGGGGACAGAUACUUGCAGCGUUGGGGUUAUCACAGAACCGGAGUGUCUUGGACCAUGUGAACCUGGAACUAGUGUUACAUUAGAGGGUAUUGUCUGGCAUGAGACAGAGAAUGGUGUCCUUGUUAUCAACGUCACAUGGAGAGGGAAAACGUAUGUCGGAACGCUACUAGAUGCUACAAAACAUGAUUGGGCCCCACCCAGAUUCAACUGUGACUCUCCUGUAAGUGACUUCGAAUCAAGGACUCCGAAAGGACGCGGCAAGCGAGGCCGAGGCAACACUGCGACGCCGGUCAAUGAACGCUUGAAUAUCAGUGGUGGUGGCAACAACAACAACAACAACAGCAGCAGCAACAACAGUAGCAGCAGCAACAACAAUAACAACAACAAUAACAGCAACAACAACAACAAUGGCAACGGCAACAACAACGAGGGACGCAAACUUCGGAAAGGCCGGCGGUGUGGAGGCAACAGCUUCCAGGCUCCGGCCAGCCCUGCCAAAUUAGAGCACGAUCGCAGCAGUUCUUUGAAACGCAAGGGAAGGCCUUCAGAUUUGGAUUUGUCCGUUCCUUCAGAUCCUUGCAAAGGAAGCAAAAGGUGCCGGUCAAGCUGGAGGAGCGGCACCAGUGCCAAUAGUAACACAAGUGCUAGUGGCAAUAAUAAUAAUAAUAAUAAUAAUAAUAAUAACAGUAACAACAGCAGCAACAACAAUAACAACAACAGCAACAACAACAGCAGCAGCAGCAGCAGUAGUAGUAGUAUAAAUAAUUCUUCAAUGUCUUCAGCUACGAUCAGUUUGUCAACCAGCGGUAACGGUGUCGCUAGUACUGGGUCUGCUAGUGGAGAGUCCAGUUCGCCGGUUCUGUUGAAAUGUCCUGAAGCCAACUGUAACAAACAGUACAAACAUAUUAAUGGUCUACGCUACCAUCAGUCUCACGCUCAUCACAGUUCCAUGCUGCAAGCCCAAGAGGCUGACGAGAAUUUACGCGAUGAGGAUGCUAUAAGCAUGGAAGGUAAUAUAACUGACGAGGAAGUCAGUCGUAGUCGGAAAGACGAAACCAGUGAGAAAAGCAGUCGGAAAGAGAAAAUCAAGGAAGAGAUACAAAGUGAUGACAAUAUCCAUGCCGAGGAAGGGUCCACAGCAGGUGAUUUAAAUCAAGAACAAAUCAGUUGCCAGUCAGCGGACGAAGCUAGUGAUGAACAGAAAGUUUUAUUAGACAAAACGUCAAUUAAAAGUGAAAUAACAUCAUUAGGAGAAACAAUUAAAACUGAGAAAGUAAUUAAGAGUGAACAUCCAUCAAGUUGUUGUGCUUCCAUACAUCCUCCAUCUGGUCUCAGUGUUGGUGGUUCUGUCUCAAAGCCUCUUCCUAAUCAAAUGUACCAACUUCCUGGUGCCCCCAUGGGUUGUCUAGGCACAGGUGGUGUUUCCAUGGUAACUCAAACAAACUGUCAGACGAGCCCCAUGCUAUCUAUGUCGGCAUCAUCAGUGGCGCCCUCUGUGGUCAGUCCUAUGAGUAGCCAGUCUUUACUUACCUCCGUCACUACAUUCGGUACAAUCUCUCAUGUUGCAGAAUCAUGCCGGAUGGAUUUGAAAGAUUCGGACAAAACUAUAAAAACAGAAAAAAUAUCUGUGGUUGACAAAUCAAAAUGUAAAACUCCUACUCGACCAAUAGUUCCAGCCCCUAGCCCCCAGCUUAUGGCAUUCCCUGGCAGUGUCAGUUCUUCUCACACUGGCCUAACCUCUGUGCCAACCACUCAUACUCAGGUAUCUCCCUCACUGAAGCCAAUCCAGCCAAAACCGACCAUCCUAGGUGAAUCCAUGAACAUUAACUCAUCUCUUGUCAGCUUCAAAGAUAAAAAACCAAAACAAAAGAAGAAGUGUAGCAAAGAGAAAGAGUUGGGUAAAUGUGAUGUUCCCUCCCUGAAGGGGGAUCACACCCCCAAAUAUGAACGAACAGCUGUGAUUAAAGCAGUAGCUUCACCACCGAAACCAGGGCUUGAUUUGAUGCCCAAAAAAGAUAGUAGUUUAAUGGAACCCCCUCAUUUAAUAUCUGACCUCUCCCGAUCGACUGUUAGUUCGUUAGGCUGUGCAAACUCUGUGAUUGCUGCACAAAUCUCUCCCAAGUCAUCGCUCGAUCCAAGUCAAGUCACUCGUAUGACACAACCCCCAGGCCUUUUAAAGGUCGGCGCUCCAAUGCCUGGUUUACUUUCAACGCCAGACAGGAAGACGCCGGUCAAUGAUGACGUCCAAAGUCCAGCCUAUUCAGACAUUUCUGAUGCCAAUGAGUCUGGGUCCCCUACACAAGGUGACACACCUGUGAAAGUGAAGGAAGAAAGUUCUAGCUCACGUAAAGAAGAGAAACAUCAAGGUCGGAACAGCCCGGAACCUCCUCCGACAGCCGUUCCCCAUUAUGGUAUGUAUGGUUACUACGGCCAGUCGUCCUACCUUGUUCCUAAUGUUUCCCAGCCCUCGUCUCAUGUCAGCCAGAGCAGUGCUUCCAACAGUGUGUCAGGGAGCUCGUCUGUGGGCAACCACAAGGCAUCGACUUCAAUCAAAAGUGAACCACCCCAGGGCGUUGUGGUCAGCUGCCAAGAUGAUAAAAUGGGAGUUUCAUUAGAGGAAGGAAUGAAAAUGGGUGAAGAAAAGAAAAUCAAAGAAGAAAAAGAAGAUCCUAAGCAUAAAGAAGGUGCUCCUCCUGGUGGAGGGGGAGGUGGUGGUGGCGGCGGCGGUGGUGGAGGAGGCAGUGGAAGCGGUGGACCAAGCAGUGCAGCAGCAGCUAUCUCACCUCAUGAUUAUCCACAGAAAUGGUACCAGCAGUAUUAUGCCUGGCCUCAGCCUCCACACUUCCAAUAUCUCUAUGGAUAUGUUGAUCCUUCGUUCCACAUGCAUCACCUGGCAGACCCGCAGUAUCGACAGCAAUACGAGAAAGCUUUAGAAGAUCAAAAACGAGUACAGCACUACCCGGGUAAAGAUGCUGAAUCCUGCAAGAAAGCAAUAGAAUUUCAAAACAAAUCUGGUUUACCUGAUGACUUAAAAGCAUCGUCACAUUCUGAUAUUCCACCCAACGUCCACACUAUCAAAUCGAGUCCUCACAAUAUGGCUUUGAAAUCAAACCAAACAGAUAAGGGCCCGGACAACCGGAAAAUAAUGGUCGAGAAAUCUCUGGAGAGGGAACGAGAACAGGCAAUCAGAGAGAAAAAAAAUGAAAACCACCAAAUAAUGAACGAAAACUUUGAGGUGAAGUCACAGAUGGACAAGUCUCGGUGUGAGAUGUCAGAAGCUGAGGCCUACCGGAUGCAGCACAAUGAUGUCCGACACGAGGGUAUACCACACUUUUAUAUGUACCAACAGCAGAAGUUCCUUGAACAAGAGAAACGCAAGAUGGAGUAUGGGCCUAAGCCUGACAUGCAAGCAAUGGAGUUGAUGAUCCCUAAGGGUGGUCAUAAGAUGUUGGAGCAUGGUAGGUUAAUGCCCAACGAUGAGAUUCUCUCUCGCGAUAACAAUACUAGCAGUAAUAGCAGUAACUCUUCCAAGCGUGAUCUCUUGGACAUGAAGACUAAAGAGGUGAUGGUACGUGAUAUAAAACCUAUAAGUAAACCAAUUCCAGAUCUCUGUCAGACUUCCGACAAGCGAAUGAUGAUGAUGGACAAGUUGCGCAGCCCAGCUGAAAGCCAGAAACUAAAGAGUUCCUACUCGUUGUCUCUAGGUAACAGCAGUAGUGGUGGUAGUGGUGUUAUUGGUGGUGGUGGCAGCGGUGGUGGUGGUGGUGUUGGUGGCGGCGGCGGCAGUGGUGGUGGUGGUGGUGGUGGUGGUGGUGGCAGUAAUAAUAGUAGUAAUAAUAGUAACAUGCCACCGUCUUCUUCCUCGUCGUCAUCAUCAUCAUCCUCAUCCAAUAAUAAUAAUAGUAGUAGUAGUAGUGUCCCUAGUUCAAACAGUAACACAGCUGUAUCUGCUGCUACUUCUGCAAAUUACCCUCAUUAUGUACCCUACCCCUAUAUGCAGUCACCUGGUUACAGUCCGUUGCACUUCGAUGCCUAUCGGCAGUUUAACCCCGUGCUCGGUUACCCAAACGCAUCUUACCUACAUCCAUCUCAUUUAGGCUACCGGCUUAACCAAAGCGAUGUUGAAAAAGAAGAAAAAAACACGUCCUCCCAAAAGAAUAUUCUAAACCAACCUGUCCUCCCCGGCACUGAGUUGGAACCUUCUAAAUCAGCAGAAGUGAUCCACCAUUCUUCUUCAGCCUCAUAUUAUGAGAUGCACAAAAUGUCAGAACUUCAGGAAAAAACCUCAUCACGACCCUCAUCAAACUGUCAUUCUUCACCACAUCCAAAAACAUCAAUCUCUGAGACUUCUGUAUCACCAUCCCCAAAUUUUGAUAAAACUCGAGACUAUCAGAAUUCCCCACCCACUCAAAGACACGUCCAUACUCACCAUCAUACACAUGUGGUCGGUGCCACGUUUCCUCUCUAUCCAUUUACAAAUAAAUAAGAACAUGAUGUAAAAUAAAACAAAAUAUAAGAAAAAAGUUUUAAAAAAAUAAAUAAAAGAGACACAAAAUCAGUAUUAAGAAAGAAAAAAAAAGAAAAAAGUUGAUUAUGUUAAAAGAUUUUAAAAAAUAUAUAAAAUUGUCAUAGUUGAAAAAAAAAAACAAAUAAAAUUAUAAAUUUUAUUCUGUGCAAAAAUUUAUGAAAAAAAAUAAUGAAUCUAUCUAAAGAACCAAAACUUUUGAAAGUGAAACCAAAAAAAAAAAAUAAUAAUUUCAGUUUUUAUGGGAAGAAUUCAAUUGUAUUUGGUGUAUAUAAAGAAAUACAGUUUGAGUUUCUUCCAGUUUUUGAAGGGACAGUUACCAUGGCAUUCAGCAAUCCUUGUAAAAAAAAAAAAUUAAAAAAUUAAAAAAUAUAUACAACCAAACAAUAAAAUGUUCCAGAUUUAA